UGCACUAUGAAGUACACUAGUAUUUCUUGUAUUUACCACUCUCGCGCUUUGUUGUGACGUGUGUUACAGUAGCUGUGAGGGCACAAUGUGUGAUGACAUCACAAUUGCAGCCAGGGGGCGCACUGACUUCACAAGCUCAUGAAAUAAUAAGUAGUUACUGGCGAAUGAGCGAAUCAUACUAUGGGCAGGGCGUGGCUCAUGAAUAAUAAUUACGUCACGUGCGUUGCGCUCCGGGAAGGUUACCUAGCAAAGCAGUCAGUAGGACCUAAUUAAUAUUCAUGAGCUGUGAUUUUGCUGUAGCAGGAUUAGUUAUGUCCCCUCUUUUUCUCAUAACUUACUGGAACUGAGGAAACUGUUGUGUAAACUAAUCCACAAGAUUUUAAUACUAGACAAAAGCCCUCCUUUAUAUCAUUAGUCCACAUCACAUGACUAUUUCUUACAUAAAACACAGCGCAAGGACGAAAUAUUCUCAGUAAAAGAGGAUUGCCUUGGCUCCGCUCGGUUGGUGAGCCCGGUGAACUUUAAACGUCACACCGACGACGACAUUCGGGAGUCCGUACCGAGAGGCUGGACCGAACCGCCUUCAGCAGCGCAAUAGCUAGAGAACACACGGACUGAUCCAGAUGUGCAACUGUUAAUACAAGCGAGCCUUCCGCGCCGAUCUCAGGGAAUACAACGCGUCAUGGCUCGAGUCGGUACCGGAGCGGACGGCGCGGAACUGGACGAGGACUGUUUUGAAGAUGCUUAUGAUCGCAUCCCAGUGGCAUCAAAAAUGGACUUGCGUACGUCGAUCGAGGAGUGCACUAUGGCUCUGAACCUCUUUCUCAAUAACAAGUUCUCUGAAGCGGUGGACCUCCUCAAACCCUGGUCUAAAGACAGCAUGUAUCAUGCGAUGGGUUACAGCAGUAUUCUGGUGAUGCAGGCCACUAUGACAUUUGAGCACAAAGACAUUCAGACCGGUAUGGCGACCAUCAAAGAGGCCUUACACACGUGCCAGAGAUUCAGGAAACGGAACUCAGUGGCACAUUCCAUAUCAAGCCUGAUAAGCAGACAAACACCAGACAGCCUGAAAGAGGAGGAGAUGCACGCAGAGAUCUGCUAUGCAGAGUGUCUGUUGCAAAAAGCCGCACUAACUUUUGUACAGGAUGAAAACAUGAUUAGUUUUAUUAAAGGAGGAAUCAAAAUACGCACAAGUUAUCAAAUCUACAAGGACUGCCAGAGUGUUUUGAACAUGUCUCAGGGAGAGGGCGGAGACAACGAGGCCUUCAAACAGUUUGAGGGCGGAGUCAAGAUGGGGAUUGGCUCUUUCAAUCUGAUGCUGUCUCUUUUACCUGCACGAAUCCUUCGACUGCUGGAGUUCAUCGGCUUCUCAGGAAAGAGAGAGUUUGGUUUGUCUCAGUUGCGAGACGGCGCCAGCAGUCACAGUCUCAGAUCUAUACUGUGUAUUCUGACGCUGCUGUUUUACCACACUUACGUCUGUCUCAUACUGGGCACUGGUGAGGGGAAUCUGGUGGAGGCAGAAGCUCUGUUAGAGCCGUAUGUAGAAAAAUUCCCUAGCGGCUCAAUCAUCCUGUUUUACUCGGCGAGGAUUGCCUUACUGCAAGGGAACUUUGAGAAGGCAGUGUUGAAGUUUGAGGAGUGUAUCUCAGCGCAGCAACAGUGGCGUCAGAUUCAUCAUCUGUGUUAUUGGGAGUUGAUGUGGUGUCACUCGUUCCAACAGCAGUGGAAAGACGCGUAUCGAUACGCUGAUCUGCUGUGCAGAGAGAGCCGCUGGUCUAAAGCUACCUAUGUGUAUCAGAAAGCUGCUAUACUCAGUAUGAUGUCAGAGGAAGAUGUGAAGAAGACCGGAGAUAAUAUAGUGGAGUUAUUCAGGCAGGUGGAGGGGUUAAAGCAGCGUUUGGCCGGUAAGUCCAUCCCCACUGAGAAGUUUGCCGUGAGGAAAUCACGCAGAUACUCGUCACCUACGCCUGUCAAACUGGUGAUUCCUGUACUGGAAAUGAUGUAUGUCUGGAACAGCUUCACCAUCGUUGGGAAACGUGCAGACGCCACAGAGAGUCUGCUGAUCACCAUCGAGAGCGCAGAGGAGCAACUGCGCAACGAUCCCAACCCCUCGGAGUAUCACCCUGAUGACCAGUGUUUGGUUCAGAUGUUGAAAGGUUUGUGUUUGAAGCAUCUGGGUCGGUUAAUGCAGGCAGAGCUGUGCUUCACGCAGGUGAUCAGCAGUGAGAAGCGCAUCCGUUAUGAUCAUUACCUGAUCCCUUUCACUCUAUAUGAGCUGGGAUUACUCUAUAAGCAGCAGGGUGAUUACAUCAAAGCUGCACAAGUCAUCGAGGACGCCAAGAUGAAUUAUAAGGAUUAUUCUAUGGAGUCUCGACUUCAUUUCCGCAUCCAUGCGGCUCUCAGCAGUCUGAAGAAUUCCCCAACAAACUCGCCUUGAUGGAAAACAUUCAACACCAGCGCGAUAUGACCAAACUAACACCAUCUUUCACUGGAGAUCACAGCCGUCUGCAUAAGCGACAAGCACAUAACAGUACAGUCAUCAAAGCACCAAAGUCACUGCAGUCCGGCUGUAGCAAUCACUAGUCGUUUAUUUCAAGAACCGUUUCUGCUUUGUAGAGAAAUAGAUUCACUGUAGCAUUUGAAACCAAAGUCUCCGCAUGAUUAUCUGUAGGUUAUUUCACAAGCAUACACACUGCAUCAGUAUUUCUGCCUUGUUUUACAGUAAAAAAUAAAUUGACUUGAGAAGUAAAACUGUGUAUGAUAAUUGUUGUUUUGUUUUAAGCACAAACCUCAACACGUUUUCUCUUAAAACAAGAACAAAAAAUAAACGUAAUUCAAGAGAUUUUGCUUCUUGAGUCCAUUUUUCUUGCUUAAAGGAUGUUUAGAUAUUUUUACUGGAAAACAAGACAAAAAUACUGUUUUUUUCUACAAUCUCUUUUCAUACAUGUACCUCAAACUUGACAAUAUUUGAGCAAACGUGCAAAUGGUUUGGCUGAUUGUGUCUUAUUUGCUCUUAAGUAUAGGGUUGUACGUUUGUUCAGCCAAUCAGAAGACUGAAAACAGCUGCUUUAAUGAACGCACCGGUUUACUUUUCCAAAGACCAAAUAUGUUUCUGUCUGUUUGUGCGUUCAGCAGUGUGUGCCUCUGUUUAGUGUGUGUGUGUGUACAUUUAUAUCCGUGUGUUUCACUGUGUGUGUUCACCAGAGUAUUUAAUGGUCUUUAUGACAUUCAGAUGUGUAUUGUUGACUCACAGCAGUAUUUGUACUGUCUAAAGUUCAAAGUGCGCUGCAAUACGAGUCUUAUUGUAGAUUAUUAUAAACCUGCUGUCUGAUUUGAUUAAAAGUUCAACUUUGUUGAUGCUCCAAGCAAUUCACGAAAUUCAUUUGAAAGCAAUAAUAAUCAUGCUGAAAAGUCAUGCUGUUAAAUUUUAUAAUAAAAAAUAUUAUUAUUUUUAUUUCAGAAACGGCUUGUUUUAUUAUAGCUCAUUUAAACUGAGCUAAUUUUUUUUUUUAUGAUUUCGAAGGUUGAUUUUGGGUAUUGACUUUGUUUGAGUGUGUUGCACUAUAAUAAUCAAACCCCAUUUUACAAGCGUAAUUUGUUUUUGUGAAGAAAAAAGUCAAUUCUCAUAAAUCGAACACUAAACAAUGAUUGCCAUUUGGGGGCCUGGGUAGCUCAGUGACUAUUGACGCUGACUACCACCCCUCUAGGGUGUGCUGAGUGACUCCAGCCAGGUCUCCUAAGCAACCAAAUUGGCCCGGUUGCUAGGGAGGGUAGAGUCACAUGGGGUAACCUCCUCGUGGUCGUGAUUAGUGGUUCUCGCUCUCAAUGGGGCGUGUGGUAAGUUGUGUGUGGAUCAUGGAGAGUAGCAUGAGCCUCCACAUGCUGUGAGUCUCCGCGGUGUCAUGCACAACGAGUCACGUGAUAAGAUGCACGGAUUGACGGUCACAGAAGCGGACGCAACUGAGACUUGUCCUCCGCCACCCGGAUUGAGGUGAGUAACCGCGCCACCACGAGGACCUACUAAGUAGUGGGAAUUGGGCAUUCCAACACUGGGAGAAAAGGGGGAUAAAUAUAUAUUUAAAAAUAAUAAUAAUUGCAAUUAAACAUCAGGUGUUUUCUGCGAUCAGACUUGAGUCUUCCUGCAGUCGCAUGACUUGUGAGGUCUCAAAAGAGGUGCAGAUUUUCUUUUGAAAAUGUUUCCUUCGCAAAGCAUUUUUGUUCAAACAAAAACAUUCACAUUUCUGUCUGCGUUUCUCUUAAAGGAAUAUUUCAGGUUCAACACAACUUCAGCUCAAUGGUCGGCAUUUGUGUCAUAAUGUUGAUUAGCACAAAAAUUAAUUUGGACUCGUCCCUCCUUUAAAUAAGGCACAAAUGUGUGUUCCAGUGAGACACUUACAAUGGAAGUCAAUGGGGGCAACAUUUGGAGGUUUAAAGACAGAAAUGUGACGCUUAUAAUUUUAUAAAAGCACUUACAUUAAUUCUUCUGUUAAAACUCAUGUAUUAUUUGAGCUGUAAAGUUGAUUAAAUCGUCAUUUUUACAGUCGCUUUAGGGUUUUAGCGUUUAUGGCGUUGUCGUCAUGGCAACGAAGUUGUAAAAUUGGCUCUAACUUUCCACAGAUGUGGUUAGUAAGUGAUUUCAUCACAGUAAAAUCAUAUUAACACACAUAUUGUUUAUGUCUUGUGUCUAUACUUUUGAAACAGUGAGUAUUUUAAUGUUUACAGAUUAUUGACCCCAUUGACUUCCAUUGUAAGUGUCUCACUGGAACACACAUUUAAAGAAAAGGAGGAACCAGUCCAAAUUAAUUUCUGUGCUAAUCAACAUUAUUCCACACUGAGCUGACCUUGUGUUGAACCUUACAUUAUUUGUGCUUGUAAAUACAAUUACAAGCUUAAAAUUACGCAUACGAACCUUAAAAUGUUUGAAACUUCUACGUAUUUUAGCUUGUUGUCACUUGUGAGUGUUGCAUUUCUGUUUCUAGCGACAACCUUUAAAAGUCAACAUGUUAAUGUACAGAUAUUAGGUGCCUUUCAUACUUCAUGUAUGAGACGUUUUUAGUUUCAGCCAGAUAGAUGGCCUAUAUACACAGUUAAUUAACACAUUUCAAUAGAUAUUAAUCUAUAGAUUCACUACAUUUAUUAACGUUGUAUUAAACUGUACGCUCAGAUCAUUUCAUCAUAGAUGAAAGCUAACACUGUUUCACGCGUGGUAAAUACUAAUAAUAAACGCUGUCGAUACAUCCUAAUGUUGUAAACUGCUUAUACUAAUAAUUACACCAUCACAUCAUUUGCAGGUCUGAUGUCGUUGAUAUGAUGCUGUUAUGUGUUUCUCAUGUUUGAUUGCAUCUGAUCAUUGUGGAAAUUAUUCAGCUUCUUUUGUCACUUGUGGUAGUUCCGGUGCUUCAGGGGUUUUUACUGUUUUUUCUGAUUGCUUAGGCACUAUCUUUGAAACUAUAGGCUAUUGUUUGCUUAAAGCAAAUCAUUAUACAUCUCUUGCAAAACUCUUCAAACUCUUUUAACUUGUGUUAAUGUGUCAGUACAGUACACACAAACCAUCACUUGAAUAAGCAGUAGCAAUGAAGAGGCCAGUGUUUACAGUUCUGCUAGAAGUGUGUUAUUAAAGUGUAAACUGAGUGUCGAGCAGAGGAUGUGCAUGCAGUUUGGCACACUUGGUAAAUGCAUUGCUACAAGUGUUAAUGGUUUCAGAGAAUCACCGUUAGUGUUUAAGCAUUCAGGGAACACUGUAAUAUUUCUGUUCAGAUGAAGAAAUGACUUUCCUGUUCAGCUUUUUCUUCUUUAUGUAUGGGGAAAUAAACCAAAUCUUCACAUGAGUUUACAGUGUUACAUAUGUAUCUGUUAAGCAUUGUGAUAAGGUUUGUUAAAGACAUUAAUGGUACAUACUGUGUUAGGUUUUCAGGACGGUUUGAUUGACAUGCUGGUAAAUGAUUAAACAAACUCAGUGUAUCUUUAUUUACUGUCCUACUGAACUCCGGUUGUUGUUCUGCUGCAGGCUGUUCAUUUUGUGCAAUAGUGCAACACACACAUACUUGUUUUGUGAUGAUUAAUCAUGAUUUAAAUGUUUCCAGAAUUGAGAAAUGUUGUGUUCUGUUUGCAAACACUGCACGCUCAUUAUUGUGCAUUCACUAAAUGUUCCUUAUUUUGCAUUUGCUCAGAAAUAUUGAUUUAUUUAGUCUAUAUCAAUGUCCAUCAGUGUGUGUUCAUGCAUCACUGGAGAUUCUCGGGAUAUUUUCACACUUGUUGCAUAAGUUGGUCAAAUUAAAGCUUGCUUGAUAAAAACUC